UUUAUGCUUUGCUUGGUAUAGGGGCUCGUUGUGUAGACCGGCGUGGGGCGACGGUGUUUUCUGCUGACCGCAGGCCUCUUUGGGAGACUCCUAGACACAUCAGAAGCACGAAAUGCCUCUAGACAGUUGGUUUAUGGAGGCGGUGCAGUUUAUGACCAGUCGGGAAGCUUCAGAGUGUUCAUCUGAGACAAAGCCAAGAGUAUUCUGAGCACCUGUUUUGAUCGACUAUGUGUUCUGCGGACUGCAGGCAUCUUCAGGAAGACAUCUAGACACAUCAGAGGCACAAAAUGGAGACAGUGACCUUUGAGGAUGUGGCUGUGAACUUCACCUCAGGAGAGUGGGCUUUGUUGGAUUCCAGUCAGAAGAAGCUCUACAGAGAUGUGAUGAAGGAGACAUUUUUGAACCUGAUCUCCAUAGAAAAAGGACUAGAACCAAAUAUUGAAGAGCACUACAAAGAUUUCUGCAGAAAUCUGAGAACUCAGUUGGUUGAGAAAGACUGGGGAUAUGAAUAUAAUAGGCAGUGGGAUGACAACCUUCAAACAAUUCCAAAGAGUAUUGUUAAUGAAGACAUGCCUCCUGCAAUAGGAUAUGAAAGCCAUUUGCAUGUAAGAAACAUCAUUGAUCAUUCAUCCUCACUUGUAUAUCUCAGAAACCAAACUAGAGGGAAACCAUCACAAUGUAAAGAAGCUUUUAUACAUCAGAAACAUUCGGAAACUAUCAAUCAUUCUGAAUCACUUCAGGUGUUUGAAACUUCUCCUGGAGAGAAACCUUAUAAGACUCAGCAAUGUAAGGAAGACUCUAGGAGUGCCCCUUCUAAUCAGCCUCACAAGAGAACACAAUGUGGAGAUGAACUCAAUGAGAAAAUAUGUAGAUAUACAUAUAGCCCAAAAGGUGACAGAAUCCAUACAGAAGUGAAAUCAUUUGUUCAUAACCACAGUGAAGAAGCCUUCAGUGAUUCCAGUGACCUUAUCAUUGCUGAAAAAAGUCAUACUGGAGAGAAAAAACACAUUUGUAAGCAAUGUGGGAAAACAUUUAAAUAUGCUUCCUCUUUUGAGAAACAUAAAAUAACGCAUACUGGAGAGAAGCCCUAUGCAUGUAAGCAUUGUGGAAAAAGCUUCACCAGUUCUAGUUGGUGCAGCACUCAUGAGAGGGGUCAUAAUGGAGAAAAGCCUUACAUGUGUAAGCACUGUGGGAAAACCUUCAGAAGUUCCAGUUAUUGUAACAUCCAUGAAAGAAGUCAUACUGGAGAAAAACCUUAUGCAUGUAAACACUGUGGCAAAACCUUUGCCAUUUUGAGGUCUCGUAACAGCCAUGAGAAAAUUCACACUGGAGAGAAGAUAUAUGCAUGUAAGUGUUGUGGAAAAAACUUCACCAGCCCCACAUCCUGUAGCAUUCAUGAAAGAAUUCACACUGGAGAGAAACCUUAUACAUGUAAGCACUGUGGCAAAACCUUUGCCAGUUUGACUGGGUGUAUCACUCAUGAAAGAAAUCACACUGGAGAGAAGCCUUACACAUGUAAGCAUUGUGGGAAAGCCUUCAACAAUUCCAGUUAUCGUAAUGUUCAUGAAAGAAUUCAUACUGGAGAGAAACCUUAUGCAUGUAAGCACUGUGGCAAAACAUUUGUCAUUUUGGGUUCUCUUGUCACUCAUGAAAGAAGUCACACUGGAGAGAAGCCUUACACAUGUAAGCAUUGUGGAAAAUCCUUCUCACAAGCCAGUUACCGGAACAUUCAUGAAAGAAUUCACACUGGAGAGCAACCUUAUGAAUGUAAGUACUGUGGCAAAACCUUUGCCAUUUCGAGUUCUCGUAACACGCAUGAGAAACUUCACACUGGAGAGAAGCCUUAUGCAUGUAAGCAUUGUGGAAAAGCCUUCAUCAGUUCUAUUUGGUGUAAUGCCCAUGAACGGGGUCACACUGGGGAGAAACCUUAUGCGUGUAAGCACUGUGGGAAAAUGUUUGCCAUUUUGAGUUCACGUAACACUCAUGAAAAGCUUCACACUGGAGAGAAGCCUUAUGCAUGUAAGCACUGUGGAAAAGCCUUCACGAGUUCUGGUUAUCGUAACAAGCAUGAAAGGGGUCACGCUGGAGAGAAGCCUUGAUCGUGUAAACAUCGUAGCGAAACCUUUGCCCAUUUCAGUUGGUGUAACUCUUAUGAAAGAAUUUACACUGGAGGGAAGCCUUAUGCAUGUAAGAUUUGUGGAAAAUUCUUCAUCGGGGAUGCUGUUACUUCCUUUCAUCAAAUGUCCACUGAGGUGAAUGGACAUUAGGAAAGCCUCACCAUUGCCACUGGGCUUGAAUUCAGUGUAGACGCUGAGGUGUAUGGUGUUGGGCCCAUUCAACAGUCACUUGUACUGAUUUUAGGCCCAUAAGGAGGACACCUUUAUCCACAAGCAGGGAAGAGUGGGUGUGUCCAGGGCUCCCAGAAUCUUGAGUUCUUAUUGUUCAUGCUUUGACGUUCCCCUGGCAGUGUGCAGACAGGAGUGCUACGCAGUCGUGCACUGGAACUGUGUGCAAGGCAGGCUCCUGUGCACACGGCCUCUAGACCUGUUCUGUCCCCGGGGCACUACUGUGUCCCAGGCCGCUUUCUUGCUGUGGUGUAAAGGAACCUGGAACCUACACCUUUCCAGAACUUGGAGAGCUGCCAGGGUUGCAACACUGAGUUCAGAGUGUCACGUGAAGAAGGUCAUGGGCGGUGUGCUCUUAUGAUAGACUUCCUUAGACCUAUGUCUGUACUGCCUUAGUGUUCCUGUCAUCACCUUUUUUUUU